GUUGGAUCCGGUUGACCAGGACAAAUACUUCCGUAUUUUUAGACUGUACCUCAACCUACCAGACUUCAUCCUUGGGCUGGCCUACCACCUGAGAGUGCCACGCGAUAUUUAACUCAAAAAUCGUGUUCAUAUCAACUUAGGCAGUGCAAGUAUGGCCGCCACCGCGCUAGAGGAUGAAAUAAUUCCUGAAACGAAGAUUCCACUUACCUUCAAAUGGUCAGGACGCGAGUAUAAGGUAGAUCUCCUUGGAUCAGAUAGAGUGUACGACCUCAAGACUUCGCUGAUGAGCUUGACGAAGGUUCCACCAGAGAGGCAGAAAAUUCUAGGUCUAGUGAAAGGAAAACUACCCCCCAGAUCAAGAGAGGAAUAUCUACGAAUCACAGGGAAAUCAUUCACACUUGUAGGAACCCCUGAAGGCGACGAGAUCAAAGACCCUUCAAAGUUGGAAUUCCUUCCUGAUGUUGUCAAUGACCUUGAUGUAGACUUCACUGACAACCCUGCUGCCGCCGCGGUAUAUAAAAAUGACCAGCGGAACAUUCGCAAAGUCAAAGAGGCAACCGAGAAACUUCAGAUUAAUAUCAUUCAUCCUCUCCGAGAUGGAAAGCGUUUGCUCGUGCUGGACAUUGAUUACACUAUUUUGGACACCAAACCACUGACGUCUGGCUCAUUGCCACCUGCGGAAUGUGCGAGGCCUGGCCUCCAUGAAUUUCUAGAGGCCAUAUACCCUUACUACGACAUCUGCAUCUGGUCUCAAACUAGCUGGAUAUGGCUUGAGGCGAAGCUCGUAGAACUUGGCAUGGUUGGAUCUACCAGGAAUUACCAGGUUUUAUUUGUGCUUUCAUGGUUCCUCGACAAAACUUGUAUGUUCACUGUCUUUACAGAACGAAAUGGUCAACCAUAUGCACACCAUGUCAAGGCACUGCAAAUUGUCUGGAAUCACUUUCCCCAGUUUUCAGCGAAGAACACCAUUCACGUGGAUGACCUGAGUCGGAAUUUUGCCCUGAAUCCGAACGAAGGACUAAAAAUCCAUGCCUUCAAGAAUGCUCAUACAGAGCAGGCUCAAGCUGACCGAGAGCUUCAUAAAUUAGCCCGGUAUAUGGUACACAUUGUUGCUAUAGAAGAUUUCCGGACGUUGCGCCACAAGGCCUGGAAGCAUGAGCUAAGGCGACUCACGCAAUCAUAACGAAGACACACACCAUCUUACGGUGCUCAUUCAUACCAAGGCACUUCAAUACAUGAGUUAGGCCUACAUAGUAGGGACAGGUUAUAUUGUAUUGUAACUGUUGUUGUACGUGAUUUCUGUAACAUAGCUAUUUUGUAACAAAACCGUGCUAUUUAUGUGCAACUUUUCGUAGUAGUAUUGACCUGCUUGUACGUUGCGUAAUACCAAAUUCUUCACCA